AUGGACGCCCGAUGCCAAUGCGGAGCCGUGUCCUUCAAGACGCCGCUGCCGCAACCUCUCCGCCUCUAUAUAUGCCACUGCGAAGAAUGGCACGUUCAACAACUCUCAUGCACUCCUUCUAAAAGGCAAACGGGUUCCGCGUUCGGGACGUCUGCAAUCUUCCCCAAAUUUAAGCUACCAAAGGCUGACCUGAUGGGCGUCUACGCGAGGCCAACUGCGUCCGGCGCCACGCUCUACUGCUACUUUUGCCGCAACUGCGGAACCAGACUAAUCCACGCAACACCGGAUAAGAACGUCGUCUCCGUAAAGGGCGGCUGCAUCGACGGCUUGGACUGGAAGACGGCCGUCCACAUCUGGACUAAGAACGCCAUGGUGCCAAUCCCCGAAGGCGCGGAGAACCACAGCGAGGAAGCAGAGUAUACCGACUACGGCGACCAACAAGAGGCGCUCGAUCAGCCGACGGACCUGCGCGGGAGCGGAGGCACGCUGGCAGAUGCGGUAUCGGUUGACGGGCGGUGUGAGCUGAGCGGGACGACGCUGAAGGCCAUUGUUCACUGA